AUGGGAACACACGAAACAUACACUCUAGCACCUAAAGAUAUUUUUCCCUAUGAGAAACAUAAAGAGAAAUUUGCAAAACCUCAGAAGAGAAAAGGUUUUAAUGAGGGAUUAUGGGAAAUAGAACACAAUCCGCAAGUUACUUACAGUCAGACUGUAGAAGAGGACACUGAGGAAGCAGUGGAGGCUGAGGCGUCAGACGAGGUGGAGGCAGGGGAUCAAACAAAACAAUUGAAUGAGUCUGUCCUUACAGCCAAACUUACGAAAUCUCCUGAAUUAAAACUGCACAAAUUAGACUCUUCAGUGGUAGAGAAGGGGAAGGCAGCAGUUAAGAGGAAGAAAAAGACAAGUCCAAGUGGUAAACCAGUGGCAAAACGGAAAAAAGUUGAGAAGAAAACAGAAGCAGGAGAGGAAGUGGAAGAAGAAGAGGAAGAAGAAGUAGAAUCUCCAUCAGAUAAUCCCGACGAUGAGGAUUUUGAAAUUGAAGAAACGCCAAAAAAGACAGUAAAGAAACGAGGUCGACCUCCAAAGAAGAAGGUGGAAGACAGCAGUGACGAUGAAGCUGGGGGAGAAAAACCUGCUAAAAAGACGCCAAAACCUCGGAAACAGAGCACAGGGGGAAGUGCAAAAAAAGGAUCAGCAAAGAAAACUCCAGCGGGUGGAAAGAAAAAGAAAGAUGUUGGUGAUGAUGAUGAAGUUAGUGACAGUUUGAGCUCACUGAGUGACAGUAGCGAAUCAGAUGACAUAGAUCUCAGUGGAUGGAAGAAGAAAGAAGAAGAAAGGAAGAAGGAAUUACAGAGAAAGAUUGAAGAGGCUAGUGAAAAGAAACGUAAGGAAGAGGCAGAGAGAAUAAAGAAGGCUAAACAGGAAUUGAAGAUUGAACAUGAGAAUGAAGAAAAUGACGAAGAACUAUCACCAGGGGAUAGACCAAAAAGAGAAAGGAAAAAGAAGAAAUUCUUUGAUGGGGAGGAAGUGGAGGUUUCACCUACAAAGAAAGAUAUUAAAUCACCAGAAUUAAAAGCUGAUACUAAAGAUAAAACUCCGAAAGCAUCUAAACAAAAGGAAGUUAAGAACACUACGAAAGUAACUAAAGACACAGAAAAAGACUCAAAAGAAAUGCCAAAAGACUUGAAAGACUCUUCUAAAGAAUCUAAGCACACUAGCAAAGACUCUAAUAUAAAUCAUAAAGAGGAACGAAGAAAAAGUGAAGAUAAAGUGAAAGUAGAAAAAUCCAAUAAAACUGAAACUGUGUCUCAGAAAGUUAAAGACAAGUUAAAAGAUAAAAUUGAUAAAGUUGAAGAUGAAAAGGGUGUUGAACUAUCAGAUAAGUCUGAGAAAGAUGCAGUAAAAGUAGAUAAAGACAAAAGUGAUGAAGAAGUUAAGGAAGAGAAAAAGGCCGAGAAAUCCAAAGCUGAGAGCAAUGUGAACAAAACGGAACAGGAAUCCAGAACAAAAGAUUCAGAGGAAGAAAAACGACGAAUAGAAGAAGAAAUCAAAAGAAAGAAACAAGAAAAAUUGGAAAAACAGAAGGAAAAAGAAAGACGAUUAAAAGAAAAGGAGGAAGAAAAGGAGAGGUUGAAAAAGCUCAAGUUAGAGAAGAAAAAAGAAGAUAGAAAGAAGGAGAAAAUCAGCUUUGCUGUAACUGAAGCCAAGUUAAUUCAGAUGGAUGUAGAAAUUAAAAGAUCGCUACAGAAAGCAGGACAUGCUGAUGUAGACAAGUGUAUAGCUGUGAUGGAAGAUUUGGACCAGCUGCCAGUAAACCAUGUCAUGUUGAAGAAAAAUCCAGACAUCAUGAACACUAUCAAAAAGUGUCGCAAAUACAAGGGAAGUGAACAGAUCAAGAAAAAGGCAGAAUAUAUCUACAGUAAAUUCAAGCAACUCUUUCUUAUAGGUGAUGGCUUGGGCGGUGAGGAAAUGAUUAAAGAAAUGAAGGAAAGGAAAGCUCAGGACAAAUCUGGCCAAUCAGAAAAUACUGAGAACAAGGAGAACACUGAUAAUCUAGGCAAUGACUCUGCUUUAUUAAACAUGUCAACUUUCUCUGGAUUUAAUGUAAGUAGUAGUGCAGUUAUUCCAGGCUUGGAUUUAGUGGAUGGAGAAAAUUCCCCAAGAAAUGUGGACAGUCAGAAUAAUUCUGUUGUGAAUGGAGAUACCAACCAUAGACCUUCGGAAAGUGAAUUAAGCAUUCAAAAUGGUGAGACACAAUCAGCUGAUACUGUUAGUGUUAAUAAAGCUGAUGAAACAAAUUUAGAAAGUGCUAAUAAUAGUGUGAACCUUGACAAUGUUGUUACAACAGAGACAGAAAUGGAUACAACAGAAAGCGACACACGAGAAGAUGCGCAGGAAGAGAAAGUUUUACAUAAAGUUGACACUGAAGAUGAUCUCAAUCCACAUAAUUUCUCCCCGAAACUGGAUCUCGUUGAUGAGGAAGAAAAUGCUGUCGUAUCGGCAGAAUCUGCUGAUGAUAGGACCGAUACAGAUCUUGACGACAGAUUAGCUACACUGGCAAAAGCGUCAGAAAUGUUACACUCUAUAGCAAAGAUGGCAGAAGCUGACAGUGAGCUGACUGCUGAGGAUGACUUCAAGAGUGACUCUGAAAUGGAAAAUGAGAGGGAAGACCUAGAUGCAAGAAUAGCAGCAAUCAUUCAGGGUUCAGCUGAACUAGGCAAGGAGUCAGAAAAGGAGGAAGAAGUUGAUAUGUAUGACCCAGCUGAACCAACAUCCGACGACAGCCAAGACAAGUUAAAACCAACAAAGACCAAAAUUGAAGAAAAGAAGAAAGAGUCGGAUGAAGAGGAGAUUAUGGACGAUGAUGAAUUACAUAAUAUGCUUGGAGUUUGAAGAUGUAUGGAAUUUGAACACAUAUGAAUUAUGAACAUAUUAACAUGAUUAGUGUUUGAACGUGUUUCAGUUACGAACAUGUUUCAGUUAUUUACAUAUAUUUGAACACUGAUGACUAGACAAAGGAUCACAGCAUUUAUGCUUUGAUAUGUUGACAGGACUUAAAACUGAUAGCAUGAAAGAGGGUUAAUGUUAACAUGUUUUAAGUAUGAACUUGUUUAGAUUUUAUACAUGGUUGAUUUUUUAAAUAUUUUUUGAAAAGUUAAAAUCAUGUCAAAGAAGCAAUGUUUCUGUGCUUGUAAUUGUGAACAUUUCUUUAUUAUGAACACCAUGAGAUAUGUUCACUAUUUGUUAAGAGUUAUGAAUAUAUUUAAACUGCAGAGCUCAAGAUUUCCUUGUAAGGGAGAUGAACAUGUUUGAACAUAGACUCUCAUGUUAUAUGGUAGGGAGAUGAACAUGUUUUAAGUUAAGCACUCAGAUUUCUUGAUUGGAGAUAAACAUGUUUGAAUGUAAACACUCAGAUUGCUUGUAGGGGAGAUAAACAUGUUUAAACUUAAACACUCAGAUUUCUUGUAAGGGAAAUAAGCAUGUUUGAACAUAGACUAUCAGAUUAUUUGGUAGGGAGAUGAACAUGUCACUUAAUCGAUCAGAUUUCUUCAAGGGAAAUAACUUGUUUGAAUGUAAACACUCAGCUUGUAGGGGAGAUAAACAUGUUUGAACUUAAACACUCAGAUUUUUCAUAAGGGAGAUAAAUGUUUUUAAUGUAAACAUGCAGAUUGCUUUUAGGGGAGAUAAACAUGUUUAAACUUAAACACUUGGAUUUCUUGUAAGGGAGAUUAAUGUGUUUGAAUGUAAACAUGCAGAUUGCUUGUAGAGGAGAUAAACAUGUAUAAACUUAAACACUCGUAUUUCUUGUAAGGGAAAUACACAUGUUUGAACAUAAACACUCAGAUUUUUUAUGAGGGAGGUCAACAUGUUUAAACUUAACACUCAGAUUUUUUGUGAGGGAGGUCAACAUGUUUAAACUUAACACUCAGAUUUUUUGUGAGGGAGGUCAACAUGUUUAAACUUAACACUCAAGAUUUUUGUAAGGGUGACAUUAUUUACAUGUAUAUCUGGAGAGCAGGAUAUUGUAGUGUUUAUAUUGGUAUUUAAAACAGAUAUGUUCAUAUUUGUAUUUUAAAUAACUUUUUUAUCAGUGGCAUAAUUGAAAUGAUGUGACAAACUGUAUCAGAAUUAGUGUUGUGUCAAGUGUGUGAAGACAUUGGGAGGAAAACUAAUGGAGACGAUGGACGUCAUUUUCAGCUCUUUAAAUGUGCUUUUAAUUAUUAUGCCCCCCUUCGAAGAAGUGGGGUAUAUUGUUUUGCAGAUGUCGGUCUGUCGGUCGGUCGGUCGGAAUGUAGACCAAUCCGUUUCCGGAUGAUAACUCAAGAAUGCUUGGGCCUAGGAUCAUGAAAGUUGAUAGGGAGGUUGGUCAUCACCAGCAGAUGACCCCUAUUGAUUUUGAGGUCUGUAUGUUAAAGGUCAAGGUCACAGUGACCCUGAAUAGUAAAACGGUUUCCGGAUGAUAACUCAAGAACGCUUGGGCCUAGGAUCAUGAAAGUUGAUAGGGAGGUUUGUCAUGACCAGCAGAUGACCCCUAUUGACUUUGAGGUCAGUAUGUCAAAGGUCAAGGUCACAUUGACCAGGAACAGUAAAGUGGUUUCCGGGCAAUAACUCAAGAACGCUUGGGCCUAAUGUCAGGAAAAUUGAUAAUUAGGUUGUUCAUGAUCAGCAGAUGACCCCUAUUGAUUUUGAGGUCAUUAGGUCAAAGGUCAAGAUCACAUUGGCCAGGAACAGUUAAAACGGUUUCUGAUCUUCUUGUCUAAAACACAGAGCCUAGGGCUUUGAUAUUUAGUGUGAAGCAUCAUCUAGUAGUCCUCUACCAAGAUGAUUCAAAUUAUUGCCCUAGGGUCUAAUAUGGCCCCGCCCCAGGGGUCACAUGGUUUAUAUAGACUUAUAUAGGGAAAAACUUCGAAAAACCUCUUGUCCAAAACCACAGGGCCUAGGGCUUUGAUAUUUGUUUGUAACAUCAUCUAGUGGGCUUCUACUAAGAUUGUUCAAAUUAUCCCCCUAGGGUCAAAUAUGGCCCCGCCCCGGGGGUAACAUGGUUUACAUAGACUUAUAUAGGGAUAAACUUUGAAAAUCUUCUUGUUCAAACCACAAAGACUAGGGCUUUGAUAUUUGUAAUAUAGCAUCAUCUAGUAAUUCUCUACCAAGUUUGUUCAAAUUAUCCCCCUAGGGUCAAAUAUGGCCCCGCCCUGGAGGUCACAUGGUUCAUAUAGACUUAUAUAGGGAAAAAUUUUUAAAGUCUUGUCAAUAACCUACAACAUUUAAAUUUUGACCACAUGUAUGGUUUUGAGUUGCAAGAUGAACCUUAACAUGAGUUGACCUUGACCUUCAUCUAGUGACCUACUUUCACAUUUCUGUAGCUACAGCCUUCAAAUUUGGACCACAUGCAUAGUUUUGUGCACCGAAAAAAAAUUUUGACCUGGACAUUGACCUAGUGACCUGCUUUCACGUUUUUGAAGGUACAGGCUUCAAAUUUGGACCACAUGCAUAGUUUUGUGUCAGAUUAAAACAGAAUGGUAGAACUUUUGUUUACAGUGAGCAUAUAAUUUCUAUUCCUUGUGCAAUUACUAAAUGCAUCAAGGGGGGCAUUUCGUGUUCGACGAGCUCUUGUUAAUUGUAUAAAGUUCAGUUCACUGCCCCAAAUAGUGUGGUCAUUUGAUCAAAGGUAAAAUAAUGUUAGGAAACAGGAUUACUAAUGGUCUCAGUGUCGUGUCAUGUUCAUGUAAGAUCAAGGUCAGAGUCAUUGAACCCUUGUUGCAGAGACAGGAAUUGUAGCAUAUUGUUUUAAGGGUGAAUUAAAUGGUAUAUAGUGGAAUGUAUAUAGUAGUUUCCUUGUGAUACUUGUCAGAAAUUAUAUGAGACGCGCCAUGAGAAAACCAACAUAGUGCGUUUGCGACCAGCAUGGAUUCUGACCAGCCUGCGCAUCCGCACAGUCUGGUCAGAAUCCAUGCUGUUUGCUUAUAGUUUCUCUAACUGCAGUAGGCUUUAGUCUGGAUCCAUGCUGGUUGAAAAUACACUAUGUUGGUUUUCUCAUGGUGCGGCUCAGUUAUGUUUGUAAUGCAAACAUGAGCACAACAUGAGCUUAACUGUGCUAAGCACCUUAACAUUUAUGCUGUUAGGAUCAUUAGUAGUUUGUAAAAUGUCUCUUACCUAGUGAAUUAUGUGUAUAGAACAGUAACUUCGAUUGUUACAAAAUGUU